UCGAACAAAUCGCGUUUCAGUGAGAUUUGCCCUACACGGCUUCCGUACAAGUUCCCAUGUGACAACAGAAGGUCAGACAUGGCUGUCUGUGCGAAAGGGCUCGACAGAAUUCUGUUUUCAACGAGGUUAUUUCAAAACCUCCGGCUCCGAAAUGAACGGUCCAUAUCCACGUCUCUGUGUCGACUUGCUCCUGACGAGAAGCCAACGAAGUUCACCCCUCCACCCAAACCUGUCGUCAUGGAUAAAACACUGACUGCAGAAUCAUUGAGAAAGUUUCUGAGCCCAGAGUUCAUCCCUCCCAGACAGAGAACAGAUCCUUUUAAGUUUUACAUGGAGAGGAUAGACAUGAUCCGCAGGAGGAAAGUGCUCACCAUCCCUGAAUUCUAUGUAGGGAGCAUCCUGGCAGUGACCAUGGCCGACAUUAAUGCUAGUGGCAAAAUUAACCGCUUUGUUGGCAUCUGUACCCAGAGGAGUGGAAAGGGGCUGGGAGCCACAUUUAUUCUGAGGAACAUCAUUGAUAGCCAAGGCGUGGAGAUCUGCUACGACAUGUACAGCCCUCGUAUCCAGAAGAUUGACUUGCUGAGGUUUGAGAAGAGGCUGGAUGACAACCUGAUGUAUCUGAGAGACGCUCUGCCUGAAUACAGCACCGUGGACCAGGACAUGAAGCCUGAGCCCUUCUCCCUCACUGGAGAGGUGCCUCUCAACGAUCUCAAGGUAAAGAUGCUCCCAAAGCCAUGGUCCAAACGCUGGGAACGACCGAAGUUCAACAUCCAGGGCAUCCGCUUUGACCUGUCGAUGAGCGAAAAGAAGAUGGAGCACGCGCAGAAGUGGGCGAAACCUUGGGACGAGUACGACAUGCUGAAGGAGUACGACACGUCCAAACUGGAGCAGGAGAUCCUCAGUGAGGUCCAGCAGGAGAUGAGCAAGCAAGGGUGAUCUCAAGAUGCAAACGUUGUUCAGUUUUUUUACCUCCAACUGACUUUUUCUGGAAUGGGAAAAGGCUGGAAUAUGAGGUUUGCACGGAUGGGGAACACUCUGCUGGAUUAAGGUAAUCCAGAUGGUGUCCCACAGCCGAUCCAGUGUAUAUACGCGGAGGAGCCAAUAUGGAAACUGAUGUUGUAGGAGUCAUGUCUUCUUCUUUUUGUCUCGUCAGUCUGUUGUACAGUAUAUGACGGCACUGGCCUUAGUUAUGACAUCCAUUACGUGGUUUCUUUAAUAAAAGUUGUUAAACCUG